GGUGGUGCGCGCGCGCAGUCCGGCAGCCAGCGCGAGGGCCGCGCCUCCCGGUAGCCUUUGCGCCUGAGGAGGAGCAGCAGCUGAGGGGAGCGAAGGGGGGGAGGGGCGUGGCGUGGCGGCGUCCGCAGCAGCAGCAACGGCGACGACGGUGCCGGCAGGCUCGGGGAAAAUGGCGGCGGCGACGACGGCUGCUGCUGCUCCUCCUGCCGCGCCUCCUGUUCCUGUCAACCUGCGGCUGGGGGACCUGGUGUGGGGGAAGCUGGGCAGAUAUCCUCCUUGGCCUGGAAAGAUUGUGAACCCGCCUAAAGACCUGAAGAAGCCUCGUGGGAAGAAGUGCUUCUUUGUGAAGUUUUUUGGGACUGAAGAUCAUGCUUGGAUCAAGGUGGAGCAGCUGAAGCCAUACCAUGCCCACAAAGAGGAGAUGAUCAAAAUCAACAAAGGCAAGAGGUUCCAGCAGGCCGUGGAUGCGGUGGAAGAAUUCCUCAAGAAAGGCAAAGGCAAGGACCAGGCAUCUCACAAUUCCGCUGAGGAGAAGAACCGGCGAAACUCCAGCGAGGAAAGAGGGAAAGCGGCGGGGGAAGAGAAACGCAAAGGCGGGCAGUCCAACGGGAAGCCAAAAAAGAGAGUCUCUUCAGUCUCCUCUGAGCGAGGCUCCAAGUCCCCACUGAAGAGGACGUAUGAGCAGAGCCCCCGGAAGCGGGGGCGCCCCCCCAAGGACGAGAAGGAUUUAACAAUCCCCGAAUCGAGCACGGUGAAGAGAAUGAUGACAGGGACCGUGGCGGGCUUCAAAUGGCCACCAAGUGUAAGCGAGCCCGUGAAAGAAGGCGACCCGCAUUUCCAUCACUUCCUGCUUAGCCAGACAGAAAAGCCAGCUGUUUGCUAUCAAGCCAUCUCGAAGAAGCUGAAGGUGUGUGAAGAGGAGACCGGGUCCACGUCCAUACAGGCGGCAGACAGUACAGCGAUUAACGGCAGCAUCACACCCACAGACAAAAAGUUGGAUAAGGAAUUUGACCCAUUAGCGGAAGCUUUCCCUGACCCCCAGCCUGGAGUGGCCACUAACAGGAUAGGGUUCCUGGGUCUGGGCUUGAUGGGAAGCGGCAUUGUCUCCAACCUGCUGAAGAUGGGGCACACCGUCACCGUCUGGAACCGAACUGCGGAGAAGUGUGAUUUGUUCAUCCAGGAGGGGGCGCGCCUGGGAAGAACCCCCGCCGAAGUGGUCUCGACCUGUGACAUCACUUUCGCCUGCGUCUCCGAUCCCAAGGCGGCCAAGGAUCUGGUGCUGGGUCCUAGCGGGGUGCUCCAGGGGAUACGUCCGGGGAAGUGCUACGUGGACAUGUCCACCGUCGAUGCAGACACAGUUACGGAGCUGGCCCAGGUGAUUGUAUCCAGGGGGGGCCGUUUCCUGGAAGCCCCCGUCUCAGGGAACCAACAGCUGUCGAACGAUGGGAUGCUGGUGAUUCUGGCAGCCGGGGACAGGGGCUUGUAUGAAGACUGCAGCAGCUGCUUCCAGGCCAUGGGGAAGACCUCCUUUUUCCUGGGAGAAGUGGGCAACGCCGCCAAGAUGAUGCUGAUCAUGAACAUGGUGCAAGGGAGCUUCAUGGCCACAAUAGCAGAAGGCCUGACUCUGGCCCAAGUGACCGGUCAGUCCCAGCAGACCCUUCUGGACAUCCUGAACCAAGGACAGCUCGCCAGCAUCUUCUUGGACCAGAAGUGCCAAAACAUCCUGCAAGGAAACUUUAAACCAGAUUUCUACCUGAAAUACAUCCAGAAGGAUCUCAGAUUAGCCAUUGCACUAGGCGACUCCGUCAACCACCCAACUCCCAUGGCAGCUGCCGCCAACGAGGUCUACAAAAGGGCGAAAGCAUUGGACCAAUCAGACAACGACAUGUCAGCCGUGUACAGGGCCUAUAUUCACUAGGGCUACCCCCCCCCCCCCCCCCCGUUCUUAUUGUUAAUACCAUGAUUAUUAAUUAUGAUGAUGAAUACUGGGUUUUUAACUUUGGACCAGUCCAUCUCUGUCUGUUUCUCUCUCUCUCCCUCCCCCCGCCUCCUCCAUUUUCUUCUUUUUUUGUAAAAUACCAGGGGGGAGGGGGGACAACACACCUCUUCGGGAUCUCCCAUGAGAGCAGGUGCCACAUCCAAGCCUCCCUGCUCCGGCAGAAGCAAGAAUCGGGGGGCGGGGGGGAAUGUGGUCCUUGCCACCUCGACAGGGAAUCUGUCAGCCCCGUGCUGAGACUCACAGAAUGGAAUUGGCAACAGGUCAUCCUCGGAUGCCGGACUCUUGUAGAAUAUCUGCUGCUUGGUUUCUUUCACUCCUGGGUUGUACGAGUGUCCCGAGUUUCCCGUUUCUUUUUAACCGCCGUUUUGCUGCUUCUUUUUUUUUUAAAUGCUGUGGGUAACACAUACGCUGGCCUUUCGUGCUCUGGGGACAGUUGUGCAACAGAGAUUCCCCACUUUUCCGCAAACAGUGGAACGGUCCCAGGCCUUUGUUGGGGUGGGAACCCGACUCCUACGGGGCUCUUCUGUCCCUGGAGGAACAGGCAGGUCAAGAAGGCAGCGCCCCCCCCCUGCCCCCAGCAUAGUGUUUUGGCACAGAGCCCCCAACAUCCCAAAGGAAAUAUUUCCUGUAAGAACAGAAGAACGAAAUCUUUGGCUUCCCUAUCCCAAAGCAGCUCGAUUUUUAGAACACAGGCCCUUGUGAAUUAUACCGGAGCUUCUGUACCUGGAGCACAUUUGCUGACACUGACACCCCCCCCCCCCCCAAAAAAAAAAUUGAUCCGCUCUGGAGACCGUUUGUAAAACAGUUUUGCUUUUAAGAAAAAAAAUAAUUCAGGCAAUGAAAUAACGCGUGUAUGCGUGUUUUAGACGAGGGGAAGAGUAAACUUUCAUAUCCUUUUGAGACCCAUGCUGUGAAACUCCUUGCGUCAUGGUGGCUGCUGGUGUUUGAAAGAGAAUUUUUGGAGCGAAAGCCCCGAGGCAAGAAGGGGGGCUCGAGGAAGCUUUGGCAUCUAGCGGGAGUGACUGUUUCCAUGUUUUGCCAUCGCUGAAAUUGGAAGCGACACUCUUAGCAGCCGUUGACUCGCUGGCAGAAAUUGUGACGUUUUGUCUUGGUGCGGCACAGUCUUUUGGCGCAGUUGCAGAUGGUCAUUAGCAAGCCCUCCCCCCAGUUGGUUGCACCUGGGGAAUAUCUAUCAUAAGGAAACACUGAGCAGGUUCUAUGGAUGAAGCUAAAGCCUUUUAAGGCCUUUUACCUCAUUGAUCCCUUAGAAAGAAAAGUAAACCGGCAGCCCAGGUGGCUGGUUUGGAACGUCCGGCUCACGUCCGGGCACAGAAGACUUUCUCAUGCUGAAGAAAACUCGGGGAAUGUCCUGCCCUGGCUGAACGACUGGCCCCACAGAAGGUGUCACCGCGAACCCAUAGUGUGGCUGCCCUCUCUGUCUCAGAAGGAAAUGUAUGCCAAGUAGAGGAGAAGCGGGGCGCUCUUUCGAACUCUAAAGGCUUUUUGAAAAAAAAAACAAACAAACCUCCUUUCCCAUCAGUAUUAGUCUCCGAAGAGAGCCGUGGGCUGAAGCUCAGAAGAUGUACACAGCACCGGGGUCAAGAGAUCUUGCCAGCCCAACCUGAAUUUCCCGUUUGUCCAGCCACCCACGGAGUACCAGCGUGAGUCAGCCCUGUCUGUGUUUGUGACCCAUCGCCUUGAUUUUUACAGUGAGCGGGUGAUGCUGAUCUCCACCUUCCAUGCCCCCUGUCAGCCUGUGUCAGGUGGGGGCCUGGGGGCAGUGCUGGGAGAGGGCGGAGCAUACAUUCCUGGCAACAGCCUAAGGGCAAGGUUUCUUUGGGGGGUUUUGUGAGGGAAGGUGGCGGCAAGCAGAAGCCAUCUUGAUUAGCAUGCCGGAUCUUUCAGUUACCUGUUGCCUCCUGCGGUCUGCUUUUGAAAUUUUCACCUGGCUGUCCAUCUGGACAAGGAAGCAAAUAAGAAUCCAGCUCGCGGGGGGGGGGGUGGCGGUUUGCACAUUUUACAUGCUGGAAAGUGGCCAGCGGUUCAAUCUUCCUGUGUGUGACAGCAGAAGGGGGAAGUCACAUAAAGCUCAGAAACUAUCUUUGCCUUCGUUAGCCGUGGCAGUCCUAGCGUAGGGUGGCUUGCGAACCAACAGCAAGCCGAUCUUUGUGAAUUUAUUCUUUUUUUCCCUCCAGAAAAUAAGUAAGGAAUUUGCAGCUCCCUCGAGCAAGAACAAAGAUGGGCUUAACGGGAGCCGGUCUUAUUCUUUCCCACAAGCCUGAGAAGGCCAAGAAGGGAGGAAAGCGCAGACCCUGAGAGAGAGACUGGCCCACUAAGUACAGGGUUGUCUCAGAACGAUGCCUACGUUCCCCUUUUGCAGCAAAGACCGCCCCCCCCCCUUGGCUCCUGCCCUGGUAGAUCUGUUAGUUUUUCAGCCGCCCCUCCCCGGAAGGCCUAACGCUCCCGCCACUUGGAAAGGAAGCCAGCGAGUGGCGUUCCCAAUCCUCGGGCUGGGUCUGCUCAAAGCCCACAAGGCAGUUCUGGGGCAGAGGGAAGAGGAUUAAGUUCGGUUUGCAAGAAAACACAAUGGAAACUGGCUUUAUAGUCAUUGUUGUCUUAAUAUUGUUGACAAAUAUUGUAAAGUUCCUUUUUUAAAAAAGAAAAUGAGGAUUUCUGUUUUAGCAAACGCUUACUUUCUUUUUUCCCCAUUUCGCUCCCUUCCGUUUUUAAAAGAGGGGGGGGCAAAAGUGACGCUUGUGAAAAGCUUGUAAGAAAAGGUUUCUUUUAAAUUUCCCCUGUUCCCCCCCUUCCCUUCUUUCAAUCACAGAUCUAUAGGUAAUUAAGGUUGUGAAUUUUUUUAAAUGUUUUCUGCCUUGUUUUUAAUUAACGUUUGUCAUUCAAAAUAGGAUGUGUGGUGAUGAUUAAACGGCAAAACUCGACAAAAUGAUUUCUUUUUUCUCCCCCUCCUUGUGCAAUUAACUAAGCUACUGGCUUAAAGGAAAUAAAACCUUUCUUGGUAACACAA